AUGAAUAUAGAUCUUAUCUUGGAGAGUGUUGUGCUCCCCAUCAUCAAGUAUCCAAUUUUUUUGGCUGUGACUAUAAGCACUUACACAAACUACAAUGUCGAGAUACUCUAUUUACCUUUGGUAACGUUUUCGGCGCUUAUAAAUUUGGGAAUUUGGCUUAAUAAGCGAUUCAAGGUGAGAGGAAAGUGGCAGGAUUUGGAUAGAGUGGAUAGCGCGAUAUGCGUGGUCACAGGUGGUAGCAAUGGUUUAGGACUGGCUAUAGUACAAGAAUUUCUGUCAAAGUUUGUCAACGUGACAGUAAUUGUGGUUGACGUUGCUGUUCCCAAAGUUGUACACCCGCGUUUGGUGUUUUACCAAUGCGAUCUGAGCGAGCCCUCUGGCGUUGAACGCAUUCUGCUUCUUCUGAGAAGGAAUCACCCAAAAAUUGACGUCCUCAUUAACAAUGCUGGAAUUAGGUCUAAAUAUCAAAAUUACCUUCUGGUGCAAAGAGAAGAGGCCGAGCGCGUUUUCCAGGUCAAUGUAUUUGCACCUAUGCGUUUUGUUCAAGAAUUAAGUCCAGCAAGCAACGAUAAAUCACAGUUUUACGCUGUCACUGUAGCAAGUGCUCUGGGCGUAUGUGCGCCGGCACGCGCUUCGUGCUAUGGUGCAUCGAAAGCUGCAUCCAUUGCAUUUCACGAGGCGUGGACUCAAGAGAUAAGUUAUAAAAACACCAUAAGGACACUAUUAGUAACACCUGGACAGAUGAAUACCACUAUGUUUGGUGGUUUUGCCCCCCCUAAAGAGUUCUUUGCGCCCCUGGUGCAUCCCGAAGCGUUGGCGCGUCAGAUAGUCGAACACUGCAGGACAGGAACGAGAGGUGAGAUUAGUGCCCCACUGUAUGCUAAUUUCAUGGGUCUCAUGCGUGUUCUUCCCUACGGUGUUAACUACUAUGCUCGUAAGCUUUCAGGUAUUGAUAGCUGCCUCCCGACUGAAAGCAUGCAUUGA